AUGGCAGCUACUACUACAAGCUCCUCCAAUUGUAGCAACUUUUUCCACACCGGAGGUAAUAACGUAGAGGCCAGCAGGGGCCGAGGAGCUCCAUCCCACCAGGGGUGUGCAAAGGUAGAUGGGGUGGCUUUGUGGCUCAUGAAUGGUGUUGCUAAUGCGUUUUUCGCGUCCCUCCAAAGAUGCUCUUGCAUUCGUAUUGCCACCGUCGAUGAUCACGAAGAAGAUUCCAACGACUUGCCACUCAUUUUCAAUGAUGGGAAUCUGCGGCAUCAUGAUGGUACUGGUAAUACCACCACCACCUGGAGGAAAACAAACAAACCAGGAAAGGGUCGAGUGACUUUGCUGAGGAAUAAGUAUAACAAAUCAACGACUACAAUAUAG